AUGGGCUCCAUUGAAGAAGAAAGACCUCUCAUUGAAGAAGGCUUAAUACUACAGGAAGCGAAAUUGUAUGCUGAAGAUGGUUCAGUGGACCUUAACGGAAACCCACCAUUGAAGGAGAAAACAGGAAACUGGAAAGCUUGCCCUUUCAUUCUCGGCAAUGAAUGCUGCGAGAGAUUAGCUUACUACGGUAUAGCUGGAAACCUAAUCACAUACCUAACCACUAAACUACACCAAGGAAACGUCGCUGCUGCUACAAACGUCACCACAUGGCAAGGCACUUGUUAUCUCACUCCUCUCAUUGGAGCUGUCUUAGCCGAUGCUUACUGGGGAAGAUACUGGACCAUCGCUUGCUUCUCCGGGAUUUACUUCAUCGGAAUGUCUGCGUUAACUCUCUCAGCUUCAGUUCCGGCAUUGAAGCCAUCCGAAUGCAUUGACACUUUCUGUCCAUCAGCAACUCCGGCUCAGUACGCAAUGUUCUUCGGCGGGCUUUACCUGAUCGCACUCGGCACCGGAGGUAUCAAACCGUGCGUCUCCUCCUUCGGUGCGGAUCAGUUUGACGACACUGACUCUCGCGAACGAGUUAGGAAAGCUUCCUUCUUUAACUGGUUCUACUUCUCCAUCAACAUUGGAGCGCUUGUGUCGUCGAGUCUCCUUGUUUGGAUUCAAGAGAAUCGUGGUUGGGGUUUAGGGUUUGGGAUACCAACCGUCUUCAUGGGACUCGCCAUUGCAAGUUUCUUCUUCGGCACGCCGCUUUACAGGUUUCAGAAGCCCGGAGGCAGCCCGAUCACUCGGAUCUCUCAAGUCGUCGUCGCUUCGUUCCGGAAAUCAACCGUCAAAGUCCCUGAAGACGCCACGCUUCUCUACGAAACGCAAGACAAGAACUCUGCUAUUGCUGGGAGUAGAAAAAUCGAGCAUACUGAUGAUUGCAAGUAUCUUGACAAAGCCGCUGUGAUCUCAGAAGAAGAAUCGAAAGCUGGAGACUUUUCAAACUCGUGGAGGCUAUGCACGGUGACGCAAGUCGAAGAACUCAAGAUUCUGAUCAGAAUGUUCCCAAUCUGGGCCUCCGGUAUCAUUUUCUCAGCUGUGUACGCACAAAUGUCGACAAUGUUUGUCCAACAAGGCCGAGCCAUGGACUGCAAGAUCGGAUCUUUCCAGCUUCCUCCAGCGGCGCUGGGGACGUUCGACACCGCUAGCGUCAUCAUCUGGGUUCCGCUCUACGACAGGUUCAUCGUCCCGUUAGCGAGAAGGUUCACCGGAGUAGACAAAGGAUUCACGGAGAUACAGCGAAUGGGAGUCGGUCUCUUCGUCUCUGUUCUCUGUAUGGCAGCUGCGGCUGUGGUCGAAAUCGUCCGGCUCCGUUUAGCGGACGAGCUCGGUUUAGUCGAGUCCGGUGCUCCGGUUCCCAUAUCUGUCUUGUGGCAGAUUCCGCAGUACUUCAUCCUCGGUGCAGCGGAGGUGUUUUACUUUAUCGGUCAGCUUGAGUUCUUCUAUGAUCAGUCUCCAGAUGCGAUGAGAAGCUUGUGCAGUGCGUUGGCUCUUUUGACCAAUGCGCUUGGGAACUACUUGAGCUCGUUGAUCCUCACGCUCGUGACUUACUUCACGACGAGGAAUGGUCAACAAGGUUGGAUCUCGGAUAAUCUCAAUACGGGUCAUCUUGAUUACUUCUUCUGGCUCUUGGCUGGUUUGAGCCUUGUGAACAUGGCGGUUUACUUCUUCUCUGCGGCUAAGUAUAAGCAGAAGAAGGCUUCGUAG